AUGGCUGCGAACAAAACACUCCCUCCAGUGAGGAACAGGGACUACAGAGCCAAGAAAAGGGAGAAAAAGAAGAAGAAGGAGGAGGAGGUUACUGGAGAUGGUGACACAAAAACAGAGGAGGCCAAACAGGCUUCGAGAAUAAAAUCAUCCGACUAUCAAUCCUGGGACAAGUUUGAUGUGGAAAAGGUUCUGGAAGAAAUGGAUAAGGAGGAAGAUUGUCCUGCAGAGUCCAACGAGUCAGACUCGGAGGAAGCUGCAGUAGAUCCAGAGAAAGCGCUGGCCGAGAAGGAAAAGGUGGAUAUUAUAUGUGAGGCAUUAAAAAAAGGAAAAAUAGAUGUAGUACUGUACAGGCCAAUCACGAUCAACCCAAUGUGUUGCUACAGAGUACGACAUAGGGUUUUACAGGGGCAUGCAGUCACGAUGUACGCUGUGGCUGAGUCCGACUGCAACCUGGCAAUUGCUCUUGACAGCAAGUAUUUCAAAGCGUACGCGCGGAGAGGAGCAGCGCGGUUUGCGCUGAAGAAGUACGAACCUGCAUUAGAAGACUACGAGAUGGUUCUCAAGCUCGAGCCUGACAACACGGAGGCACAGAAUGAAAUAAAGAAAAUCAGAGAGGCCCUUGGACAUCAGGUGGCUGCCGUCGCAAGCAAAGCUGCAGAGCCCCUGGAGGCCCCUGCAGUCGAUCCUGAUCAACAGAGACGGAUAGAGGAGCAGCAGAGGAGACAGGAGGCGGUUUUCCAGAAGGACAGAGGGAAUGCCUACUUCAAAGAAGGGAAGUAUGAAGCAGCUGUAGAGUGCUACACCCGAGGCAUGGAGGCAGACCACAUGAACGUGCUGCUGCCCGCCAACAGAGCCAUGGCUUAUCUCAAGCUGGAGAAGUUUAAGGAGGCGGAGGAGGACUGCACUAAAGCCAUUUUCCUGGACAUUACUUACUCCAAGGCUUUCGCCCGGAGAGGUACAGCCAGAGUGGCACUAGGAAGGCUGGAAGAGGCCAGACAAGACUUUCAGCAGCUGUUGAAACUGGAACCUGGAAACAAGCAAGCCCUAAACGAACUCCAGAAACUGCAGCUGGACACAGGCUCCAGUGGCCGUCUGCAGGCUGUGAUCGGCUCACAGAUGAGAACAGUCCAACCAAUAGACAAACCAACACACCUUCGCUCAACCCAAAUAAAAUCUGAGGCUUACGCCAAGAUUUUCCACAACUCCCUCGAACCUGAUAUCCUCAAUCUUAUCCUGAGGACUCUACAUGACUUCUACAUGAAGAACGAAGAGCCGGCCGUCAUACUGGAGACUCUCAGGAGUCUUGCAAGCGUGAGGCGCUUCGAUAUGGCUGUUAUGUUCAUGUCAUCACCAGAGAAGAAAGUGCUUAAAGAACUGUUUGACUUUCUUCACCAAGCCGACCUGGACAGAUCAUCUAUCACGGCUUUGCAGAAGAAGUAUGGCGUGUAAUUGCAUUGAAUGGAAAUUUGGCGCCUCAGCAGACUUUGGAUUUCAGAGAAAACCAAAAAAAAUUAGCUGUUGUUUGUUUGCUGAAUAAACUUUUGUUUAAUAAGACUGCAGAGCUGUGAAUCUUUCCUCUGGAAAGGCGCUGUCGUUUUCUGUCAUAAGCGAGUUUAUUUAAAGUUGGAGGCUGGAAAUUCAGUUUCAGCUGCAUUUUAAUAAAAAAUAAAGAAAAACUUUUCA